AUGUCCUAUCUAGAAAAUUGCAAAAUAUCGUGAGUUUUCUUCAAUUAUUUUUGAAUGAUGAAUUAAUUUUUGCAAUUUUUCAGAUGUAGUUUGGCUUGUAAAGCUGUCCGAGAGUUCAACUCUCCAAUUUUGCUCGAAAACCAGGAAAUUUAAGGUAAGUCAGUUUUUCAAGAAGAAAAAUAACACAUUCGAACUACAGUAACUCUAAAUUUUGACCUACAAAAACAAAAUUCUCAAAGCGAAUUUUCGAUGAAAAUUUUGACCUACAAAGAAAUUAAAAAAAAAUUUUUACAGAUUCCGAAAAUCGAUUGAUUUUUGACGAAAUGCUGAAAUUGCAACCACGUGGAUUCGCACCAAAUCCAACUCCCGAAGUUUUUAAUCAUUUUGCAAUUUUCCACUGUGCGGACGGAAGAUGAAUAAAUUCUAGUAGUCCUAUGUCCUAUCAAGGAAAUCGCAAAACAUGGUAAGUUUUUUUCAAUAAUUUCUAGAAGAUGAAUUAAUUUUUGCAAUUUUUCAGAUUUAAAUCAGCUUGUAAAGCUGUCCGAGAGUUCAACUCUCAAAUUUUGCUCAAAAACCGGGAAUUCCAAGGUAAGUUUUUUUAAAAUUAAUUUUUUUGAGUUGAAAAAAUCAGACACAUUUUCAGGAAUCUUCAACAUGUCCAAUCAUUUGCUGGAUUCCGAAUCGAGUCACGAUUUAUGGAAAACAAGUUUUGAAGUUCCAAACUUUUUCGUCCAUAGAUGCUCGAUUUUUGCUGGAUGUGAGCUGAAAAUCAAACAUUGUAUGCUCAGAAGAUCAUUGUAUUUUUGAAGUUUCAAACUUCUUCACCCUCGCCAAGUUUCAACUCCCGAAGAUUUUGAUCAUUUUGCAAUUUUCAACAGUGCGGACAGAAGAUGAACCAAAUUUAGUAAUCCGAUGUCCUAUCACGGAAAUUGCAAAAUAUCGUGAGUUUUCCUUAAUGAUUUUUGGAUGAUGGAUUAAUUUUUGCAAUUUUUCAGCUAACUCAGCUUCAAAAGCUAUCCGAGAGUUCAACUCUCAAAUUUUGCUCAAAAACCGGGAAAUUUAAGGUAAGUUCUUUUUUCCUUGAUUUCUUUCAGUUUAAAAAUCAGACAAAUAUUUCAGGAAUUGCAAUGAAGUGUUGCGAACAACUCAAAGAUAUUCGAACAUCUCAAAUAAUUUCCCGAUUCGGAAUCGAUUGACGAUUUAUGACAAGAUUGUGUUUCUCGAACAAAAAACGAAUUUUGAAGUUCCAAACUUCUUCACCAAAAAAUGCUCGAUUUUUGCUGGAUGUGAGCUGCAUUCAAAUAUUGUUUGCCCACCAAAUUCAACUCACGAAUUUUGCAAUUAUUUUGGAAUUUUCAAUUGUGCGGACAGAGGAUGAAUAAAGUCUAGUAGUCCAAGGUCCUAUCAAGGAAAUUCCAAAAUAACGUGAGUUUUCUUAAAUUAUUUCUAGAAAAAUUAUUAAUUUUUUCAUAUUUUCAGAUGUAACUCAGCUUGUAAAGCUAUGCUUCAAAAGCUGUCUCCAAGAGUUUAACUCUCAAAUUUUGCUGGAAAAUCGGGAAUUUCAAGGUAAGUUCUUUUUUUCUUCAAUUUCUUUGAGUUGAAAAAUCAGACAAAUAUUUCAGGAAUCACAAUGAAGUGUUACAACAACUUCAGGACGGGGAAGCGAAUUUUGAAGUUCUAA